CAUUAACGGGAAGAUUUAACACGUGCUACUACAGUGAGACUGAACAUGAUGAUGAUGUAUUAUGACUAUAAAGAACCUGGUGUGUAGAGGUGAAUUGUCUGAUGAAGUUCUCCUGUGUGUGUGUGUGUGUGUGAGUGUGUGUGUGUGGGCUGCGAUGACGCGUCUCCGCUUCUGCUUUCAAAGCGCGAACCCACAGGCGCAGUUUUGCAGACGGAGUUUCCGGAGCUGCAACAGUCGCUUCACAUCUCUCUCAACCAUGAAGGAGCAAGCUUGUACGGAAGAGAUCACCACCAUCCUCCAAGAGGCCCCGGCGGCCCGGAAAGCGCUCCUGGAUAACUACACCAACCUGCGCAAUGUGGCCGAGUACUGCGAGACCAGCUACCUCCAGGCGGGCGAGGAUACGGUUAAAGCGCUGGAGGAAACCAAGGCCUUCACCACUCAGUCUUUAGCGAGCGUGGCGUAUCAGAUUAGCACGCUAGCCACCAGCGUGCUCAAGCUCCUGGACGCUCAGUGCUCGCAGCUCCGUCACAUCGAGUCGGACAUCAACCUCAUCGGCUUGACCGUGGACAUGCACCGGGAGAAGGUAGCACGUCGAGAGAUCGGCGCCUUCACCGUGGCUAAGAGAUACACGAGGAGCGGUAAAGUCAUCCCACCCGCCUCCAGCAAAGAUCCCAAACCCAAAUACAGCCGUACGCCCAUCUCCUACAGCGGCCUGGACACGCUGGGGCACGGCAUGAAGGACUCGAAGCCACAGGAAAGAAAAGCCACCAUCAACCGCAAACACGGCGGCACGCUCAGUAGGAACCGUCCCACGGAGUGUCCCGUGGCUCCCACUUUGACUCGUGGAGCAUCUGUUACCUCUCUCAAUGACAAAUCCACGACCUCCAGUUUCGGUAAAGCCGUUCCUCCUCCAGUCGUGCCCAGCUGGCCCCUGACCCCCGAGGCCGACAUCAUCAGCACGCUGCUGGAGGACACGGCUCCGCCCCCGCCACCACCGAUGGACAGAGAAGAAGGGUCAGGGGCUGAGAUUGUUGUAGCUCCACCCCCUGCUCCUCCCCCCGACAUGUGUGAAUUCCUCCCUCCUCCGCCUGUGAAUCCUAUGGAUGAGAACCUUGAUCAAGACCCCGCUCCACCACUGGAGACAGUGCCUGAAGAGAACGGCCUUCCUCCUCCAGACACUGACGGAUUCUAUAUUCCUGCUCCUCCUCCUCCUCCUCCACACUCCCUUGAGAACGGAGAAGCUCGUCGCUCUCGCCAUUCUCGAGGGCGUCGCCCUCCCAGUACCCGCUCUCUCUCUCUACGGCUCCGCUCAGGCUCCGCCCCCCGCCCGCUGCAUACACGCUCGCUCUUCCUGCCCAACAGCCAAUCACUCAUUAUCCCCCCGCCCCCUCCAUACCCGCCUCCUCUGGCUCCUCCCACUUUGAGCUCUCUGUGCCGGAUUCCCACUCGGCUGCAGCAUCUGGACCUGGAGAUUCCGGCCCCUCCUCCGCCUCCAUCCGCGGACUGCGUGGAUGGUUUCGAGGACAUUCCUCCUUUACCUCCACCCAUGGACUACGACAACUCUGCUCCUGCUCAGUACCUGGAGAAAGUGGUGGCGCUCUACAGCUAUGAACAAGACAAACCGGAAGAACUGAGCUUUCAGGAAGGAGACGUGAUCUACCUGACCAGGAGGAACGAUGACGGCUGGUGCGAGGGCGUCCUGAACGGCGUGAACGGGUUCUUCCCCGGAAACUACGUAGCGACCAUGAGCUAAAUGAGAACGAUUUAUGGCAAAACAUCAGUACGCGGAUUAAAAAAAACAACAUAUAUAUAUAUAUAUAUAUAUAUAUAUAUAUAUAUAUAUAUACAUAUCUAGCAAAAGGAUGAUUGGUGGUAUUCAGAGAUAUGCAAAUGUAUGUUUGAUUACUGUGUAUAUGAGACAAACUGAUUCGAUAAAAUUCUAAAUGCGCCGUCUGCCUGUGUUUCUCACUAUCAUCGUGGUUCUUUUUUCAUUAACACUGAAAUAACUGAAGUAUUUAUUAACACCAACUAACAGACGGAUGAACCCGAGUCAAUCGAGAGAGGCAUCGCGCUCACGUGAGAGCACCACUUUCCCAGAAUGCUUUGCUGUGGCGUGUUUCCUUUUUGUUUAAAAAAAAAAAAAAAAACAAAAACGGCGGAUGAUGUGUAAACCAGCUGGGUCGUCUUCGUUAAUAAAAUGUCUGUACGUGGAACUGGACGAGUUCGCUCUGGGAGUCGAGUCCGAUCUGUUUUUUUACACUUCACGUGUUACGUUUGACGCUCUUUUUUUCACGUGUACGGUAGUGCAUCGUUUAGUUUUACUCUUUAAACAGCACCUCUGGAGGAAGUUUGUGAGAAAAGGAAAGAAUUUCCGAUGUUUUUAUUUUUAUUUACUGGGAUUGCAGUUCAUCUUACAUGCAGCAGAGGGCGUGAAAAACGACACGUCGCUGGUUUUAAAGGUCCCAGCGUGUGAGUGUGAAGGACAGUGCUGUGAUUUCAGGAUAAAUAUCCGGGAUAAGUGUUAUGACUGCUACUAGAGGAUGGAAAAUAAACAACAGACAUGUUCUAACAGCUGAUAAAGAGUGUGUGUGUGUGUGUGUGUGUAACCUCCGUGCUUGGGCGCUCAGGAACGAGCCUAACCUGCCUUACAGUCUUUAUUUUGAAGACACCGCGAGAGCAGGCACUGUGACUUUAACCAGCACGAUGUGGUAAUAAACACUCAGGUGUGUGUAGCCAAGAGUGCACUUCUUCAUGAUAAGACUCCCUCGACGUCUGAGUACCGGGCCAGACGAGAUCACCUGCUCACCUGCUCACCUGCGGCCCUUCAGCAGAUCCCCCGAAAGACGUCGCCACAUCUGCAAUACGAUGGAUAACUCGGUCCCCCUGAUCUUUCGAGUUUUCAAGUUCAUCAUCCCGACCUUCGCCGUGAUCAUCUUCUGCACAGCUUUGUGUAAAUGUUUACAGCGGAAGAGGCAGCGACAGAGACAGCUGGCGGCAGCGUCUGCGCAUGCUCAGGGACCCCAGCCGUCUGUCUACAUCAUCCCCUUUUCACCGUCUGGAGCACAACCGACCGUACCGCCACAAUACCGAUACGACACGCCACAGCAACACGCCCCUCCUCCACCUUAUAACGAGCUGAUGGCGAAGGACGACUUCCCUCAUGAGCCUCCUCCUGCGUAUACAGAGUCCGACAGUUCACACUUCAUCUCCUCCGACUCAGGCCGGAUCUCUCCGUCCUGUUCGACAUGCCCAGAGUAACACGUGUGCGACGUGAAGACCUGUAACUGUGCAAUAGAGAGCUGAAAACGUCCUUCCUUCCUUCCUUCCUUCCUUCCAACACCACGAUGAACAAAUCAUGGAGAUUAAAAGCCACAGCUGCUAUUUUUCUACCCGGGUAUUGAACUCAUGUACAUACUUGUAAUGCGUCUAAAUAUAUUUUCUCGGUUUUGUCGAUGCGCAGGAAACAGUGUAAAUAAUGUUUAGUUUUUAAAAAAAAACAAAAAAAACGUGACGGUUUGCGCGUAGGUUUUUAUCUUUGAAGCUGUCUGACGGAUGUAACGCUUACACAUGAAAGUAUUAAAGGGAUGUCAUAGUUAGAAAGAAAAACAAAAGAAACGCACCCGAGCGUAUUCGAUCGACCGAGACGUUGAUUACCGUGCAUGUGCGAUGAAACUGAUUUGAUGAAAUGAUACACGCGCUGUCUGCCUAUGUUUUAUUCCACGUCGUCAUUGUUUUGUAAACGAAUACUGAAAUAAUAAUAAAAGUAUUUAUUAACAACUAAUCAAGCCUGCGUGCUGAAACAGGCCCGAUCGAAUAAAUUGAAGAAUUGAAUGAAA